AUGAAUACAAAGAAUUAUAGCGGUGAUGAAAUGAUGCGCCGUGAAAACAAUUUUAAAUGUGAUAAGUGUUGUCAUUUGAGUGUUGUGAAUGGUGGCAGUGAGAGUGUUGACAGUGUGGAGGACGAUGAAGAAGAGCCUGAAAUUGGCAUCGACGAUGACAUGGAGGAUGCAGAGGUCGAUCCGGAACGUGAUGAUGAAAUGGAGCUGCACGACACGGAGGCGCUGAGACUACCCAAGGUGGAGGAGAAAGAGACAACUAUCCUGAAGGAUAACAACACAAAGCCCGUAUUAAAAUUUAGUGUUUCAGCGAUUUUGGGCGAUACACGCGAAGGAGUACGAGUGAGAAAUGAAUUCAUUCAGCCACAACAUAUCUGGCCUUACCUACAACAGAACUUUAUUCACCAUGCCCACUUUCCACAUCCCGCUUUUCUGACACACCACCAGCACACACAUGCCCUACCACAUCCACAUCCACAUUCUCACCUCCCGCCACACCAUCCACACCUGCCGACACAUCAGUUGAACCCCAUCAUCGGCGCCGUCAAUGGCAAUAGUUGUCAGCCGCAAACCGCAGCGUCGUCGUCCUCACCUGGCAGCACAAUCAGUGAUAGCGACAAUCACUCCACCGGCACCGGCGGCAGUGGCAGUGGUAGUGGUAGUGGUAGUGGCAGCAACAGCAAUAGCAACAACAUCAGCACGACAAUCGAUGGCCGGCCAUAUGAAGGUGUCGGUGGUGGUCACAAUGACAGUGCCAUCGAGGAUAAUAAUAAUCGAAGACUAAAUUUGCCAUCGGCUCAGGAAAAACAACAGCAACAGCAACAGCUGCCAACACACCUGCAACAACAACAGCAGCAACAUUCGGCAGCACAUCAGCUGCAGUCCCACAUGCCGCCUCACCACUCGCCGCUGCCCGGCCAACCGAUAGGCCACCAAGUGAUAGCAAAGCCCCUGCCCAGCCGCCCAACACCCUUCCUGCCGCACAGCCUGCAACAUCCGCAUCUGCAUUCGCUGUUGGCGCACUGUCGAAAUCCCUAUAUGAGUGUUGGAGCGCAAGUGUUUCCCCUGCCACCUGGUCAAGGCUUCCCCUGGGCGCAUUCAACGCGUGGCAAACCUCGACGAGGCAUGAUGCGGCGUGCCGUCUUCUCCGACUCGCAGCGCAAGGGCUUGGAGAAGCGAUUUCAGCAGCAGAAGUAUAUUAGCAAGCCGGAUCGCAAGAAAUUGGCCGAACGACUGGGCUUGAAGGACUCUCAG